ACUUCAACGAUGCUUUUCUUUCCGUGAAUCCAAUCUAAACCCAAAAAUCUCUAGCCGAAACCCUAAAACCCCCUUCUCCACGCAUCGAAACCCUAAUUUUCGAUUCGCGCUCUUCAUCAAGCAACACACAACGCACACUAUCUCCUUUUUUUCUUCAGACGCUGGUUUUCUAUCAUAUCCAGGGAUAUUGAAAUAUCUUGAAAGAUUUGACCUUUUUAAAUUGCAAGUACAAUGUCUUCUUCCUUGGACAUGUCACUUGAUGAUAGAAUUAAGAACAGGACUAACAGAGGCAGAGGCAGAGGACGUGGCAAAGCCCUUUCUGGCCGUGGAAGUGGGACUCUAGGAGGUGGAAGAAGGACUGGUGCUGUUAAUGGUAGAAGAAUGACUGGUUCUGGUAUCGGUGGAAGAGCAACUGGUGCUGUUCGUAGAGGCCCACUUAUGGUCAACACUCGCCCAUCAUCUUAUGCUAUUGCCAAGUCUAUUCGCAGAACCAAGCCUUUUCCAUGGCAGAGUGAUUUGCUUGAGGAUAGUCUUAGAGCUGCUGGGAUUCAAGGAGUAGAAGCUGAAACCAAGUUGUAUGUUUCCAACUUGGACAGAGGAGUAACCAAUGAAGACAUAAGGGAGCUUUUCUCUGAGCUUGGAGACUUGAAGCGCUAUGCUGUUCAUUAUGAGAAAAAUGGACACCCAACUGGAUCAGCUGAAGUGGUCUAUAAUAGAAGAAGUGAUGCUUUUGCCGCUUUAAAACGAUAUAACAAUGUACUUUUGGAUGGAAAGCCCAUGAAAAUUGAGAUUGUUGGAGCAAAAUCAGAAUUGCCUGUUACUGCACGUGUGAAUGUCACUGGGAUGAAUGGACAGAGGAAGAGGACAGUUGUAAUGACGCCUAGAGGUGGUCGAGGUGGAGGUCCUGCUGUGGUAAAUCGUGGUGCUGCUUGGGGACGUCGAGGUGGCUCAAGGGGUGGUAGUGGCAGUGGACGUGGCCGUGGCCGAGGCCGUCCUGGUAGGGGUGGAGGUCGAGGACGUGGAAGAAAGGAUGGAGUUGAAAAGUCAGCUGAGCAACUUGACAAGGAACUGGAGACCUAUCAUGCAGAGGCUAUGAACAUCUCAUGAUCUGGCAAUCAGCAAGUUUGAGUCAAAAAUUUGCUAUUGGCUUCCUUGUACAGAAGCUGUUUUUCUUUGGCUUUAACUUGAAUGCACUUCGCUUUGAUGUUAAAUAUGCCAUUGUAUUUUGACUGCGUUGAAACUUGCUAUGGCCUGAAUGAUUAAUUGGGUGAUUUUGAAGUUGCCAUAUCAUAUAUUAUAGUUGUUUUUGUCUAUUA